CUCCAUCCCCUUUUGUUACCCCCCCCGAGGCGACUACGUGACGCGUCACUGCGCAUACGUGUAGUCGUGCCCCCACAGUCUCGCUGCACAAUCUCGCGAGAUUUCCUGUUACAUGAGCCAAGGCGCUUUCUAUUAACAGCGUUGCUGGACGUGUCCAUUGUUCAUCACGCUCCGAUCUCUGCUCUCCCUGAGGCCAAUUUAUACGGCUCUGAAAAUGCCCAAGAGAGGGAAGAAGGAAGAAGUUUGCGUUGCUGAACCCCAGGAGGAUGGGAAUGAGCCAGAGGUUAAGAAGGGGAAGAAGGGAGCAGGGAAGGCUGCAAAGGAGCCAGAACCAGUUGUUUUGUAUGAAGAUGCCCCAGACAAUGUGACCUCAGCUGAUGGCAAGAAGUCCACACUGAAGAUCAGCUCUUGGAACGUAGAUGGAAUCAGGGCCUGGAUCAAAAAGCAGGGAUUGAAUUGGGUGCGGGAGGAGGACCCACACAUCAUGUGUCUCCAGGAAAUCAAAUGUGCAGAGAAAUUGCUGCCUCCAGAUAUUAAAGAUAUGCCAGAAUACCCCCACAAAUACUGGGCAUGCCCUGAUGAAAAGGAGGGGUACAGUGGAGUGGCCAUGCUCUGCAAGGACAAGCCAUUAAAUGUCACAUAUGGUAUUGGAAUUGAAGAACAUGAUAAGGAAGGUCGUGUUAUAACAGCGGAGUUUGACUCCUUUUUCGUAAUUGCUGCUUAUGUUCCCAAUUCAAGCCGUGGCCUAGUGCGUUUAGAUUAUCGCCAGCGUUGGGAUGUGGAUUUCCGUUCCUACCUGAAGGGGUUAGACAGCAAAAAACCAUUAAUACUGUGUGGAGACUUGAAUGUAGCACACCAGGAUAUUGACCUAAAGAACCCCAAGACAAACAAGAAAACUCCCGGUUUCACUCCACAGGAGCGCCAAGGCUUUGGAGAACUGCUGGCUGAGGGCUACCUGGACAGCUUCCGUGAGCUGUACCCUGAUAAACCAAGUGCAUACACAUUCUGGACAUAUAUGAUGAAUGCCAGGGCUAAGAAUGUUGGUUGGAGGCUGGAUUAUUUUGUGCUUUCUGAAGCGCUACGCCCAGGUUUAUGUGAUAGCAAGAUCAGAAGUAAAGUAACGGGCAGUGACCAUUGUCCAAUAACACUCUUGAUGGUGAUAUAAAUGAAAUGAUUAAAGGAAAACUACAAGCUGAUCUAGUAUGCAACGUGAUUUUGUAAUAUACAUAAAAUGCCCAAAAUGUGAAAUAUGAGAUUUUGCUGCUUCAUAAAUGGAAUCUUUCUGGGUUAGCAUAAUUUGUAUUUUUUUUUUCAUUCUUUGCUUUACUGACUAGAGAACUGUUGACAGUACUUUGUUAUUGGGCUAUUGUGAAACAUAGCAGUAAUUUGCUAUGUACUAAGGGAGACUACUGCUACUUAGUCAUAACACAUACACACAAGACAUGUUGCAAAUUCCUUGUUUAGCUAGACGAUUAGUCUUAGAUUAUUUGAAUCAUUAAACCCUAAAUACUGUAUGGCCAUAUCAAAUGGCUAUAUAAACUGUAUUCAUCACCCUCUUUUAAACACAGCCCCCUUUAUGGCAAAACUGCAAUUAUUUUGGUGCUAACCAUACGGAAAACCAUUAUUUACCCACAUGUGGGAUUUGAAGAGUGUUUGGGCAAAACUGUAUUAAGUCAAAUAAUGAUCGGUGCUUAAAAAGUGCCCCUAGUGAUGAAAUUUGGAACUUCAGUUCAGCAACUGGUGGAAAGCGGUUGAAGAUCCCUGCCAUAAGAGGAUGCACAUAUGCUACAUUCAUGUGAUACUCCAUGUAUUCAUAUAAAGAAAUGUGGGCUUCUUAGCUGUAAGAAACAAUACAGUUAUAAAGAAUAUACUGAGGUGCUACUUCUGUAUGUGAUUUGACACUGUAAGAUGUAAGAUAUUUUUGACAUUUAUUAAAAAAUGUUUUAUAA